AUGGUAGAAGAUGAUGUUUCACCACCAUUAACCAUGGUUCUUUGUGUAUCAGAAAUAAUCAAUGAUAACAUCACUCCAUCAACAACAUUAUCUUUGUCAUCAACAUCCUCCUUUCAUAUGAUGAAACUUAAAUUAACUGAUGGCUGCUUGAAAUUUGUAUGGGUUUGUGGAAAACAUGGUGGAAAAGCACAGGCAUUAUCAGUAUUGAAUGCAACAAGUCCUGUAUAUUUGAAGUUGUCGGGAAAUUCAACAAAACUAGCUCAUUGGGAUUCCAAAUUUGGGUUUAGAAAACUUGAGAUAUUUGCCAUGUUGAAGAGUCUUACAUCAGAUGGUGGAUCUGUUCCUGUAAUUGAUGUUAUAAUAAUGCAAAAUGUUGAUAGUAAAUAUGCAUGCCAUCAAAAUGAAUAUGUUAUGGUAUUGGUUGUACUGGCAAUUGGGGAAGUUAAGAAAAAGGUAUUAUGUGGAAUCAGCAUGGAAACACAAAUUGUAAUAGCUACAGAUAUGAGUGGACAGCUUGUAUUCAUUGAGUUCAUUCGUACAAUGUUAGCUCAAACAGAAGUAACGCCAAAUCAAGAUUCAUUAAAUUAUAUUCCGAAUAAUGAUUCAAUAACAUCAAAGAUAGAUCCCGAGGAAUUAAGUCGUAUCCAAAAACUUCGUAAUAUUGAUGGCGAGGGAGCAAAAAUGGAUAGUAUGGAUUUGGAACGUGAACGUGGAAUUACAAUACAAUCAGCUGCCACAUAUUGUAAUUGGAAAUGGGGGAAUCGUGGUGAUUAUAAUAUCAAUAUAAUUGAUACUCCAGGUCAUGUUGAUUUUACUAUUGAGGUUGAACGUGCACUUAGAGUUCUUGAUGGUGCAGUGUUGGUUUUAUGCGGCGUAUCGGGCGUUCAGAGUCAAACGAUUACUGUGGAUCGUCAAAUGCGUCGUUAUAGUGUUCCAAGAAUAUCAUUUAUUAACAAAUUGGAUAGAUCAAAAUUACGAAUUUCUGCAGCAGCUGUACAAAUUCCAAUUGGUAUUGAAGAUAAUUUAAAAGGUGUUGUUGAUUUAAUUGAAUGGAAAGCUAUUUAUAGCGAAGAGAUACCUGAUGAAUUGAUCGAUUUAGCAAAGAAAAAGAAACAAGAGUUAAUUGAAGUGUUGGCUGAUGUCGAUGAUGAAAUGGCUGAUAUAUUUUUAAUGGAAGAAACUCCAACUGCUCAACAAUUGAUGGAUGCUAUUCGCCGAGCAACCAUUUCAAAUAAAUUUACACCAGUAUUAAUGGGCUCUGCAUACAAAAACACAGCAGUUCAACGUGUUCUUGAUGCAGUUUGUGCGUACCUUCCAAAUCCAUCCGAAGUGGAAAAUACAGCAUUGGAUAUUGAUGAAAAAGAAGCAAAAGUCAAUCUUAUUCCAUAUUCGAAAAAUCCAUUUGUAGGUUUGGCAUUUAAAUUAGAAGAUGGAAAGUAUGGUCAAUUAACAUACAUUAGAGUUUAUCAGGGUGCUUUGAAAAGAGGUUCAACUAUAAUUAAUAUCAAAACUACGAAAAAAGUCAAAGUUCCAAGACUCGUUCGUAUGCACUCUAAUGAAAUGGAAGAUGUUGACCAAGUUGGGGCUGGUGAAAUUUGUGCGCUUUUUGGUAUCGAAUGUUCAUCUGGUGAUACGUUUACUGAUGGGGCAGUUCAAUAUACUAUGACUUCCAUGUUUGUUCCUGAUCCAGUAAUCUCACUAUCGAUAACUCCAAAAGUAAAAGAUUCCGUUAAUUUUUCAAAAGCACUUAGUAAAUUUCAAAGAGAGGAUCCUACAUUUAGAGUAUCAUUUGACCCAGAAAGUAAAGAAACAAUUAUAUCAGGAAUGGGAGAACUUCAUUUAGAAAUUUAUGUUGAACGCAUGAGAAGAGAAUACAAUGUUGAUUGUAAUACUGGAAAACCACAAGUAGCGUUUAGAGAAACUAUUACCAGGAAAACUAAAUUUGAAUAUACACAUAAGAAACAAACUGGUGGUUCAGGUCAAUAUGGUAAGGUGAUGGGAUAUAUUGAACCAUUGGUAAAAAGUCAAAGUGGUAGUGUUGGUGAUGAAGAGGAGGAAGAGGAGGUUCCAAUUUUUGAAAAUAGAGUUGUUGGUGGUCGUAUCCCAUCUAAUUUUAUACCAGCUGUUGAAAAAGGAUUUCAUGAUGCGUUAGAGAAGGGCACACUAAUUGGACAUCCAAUUAAUGAUGCUCGAUUUGUACUUGAAGACGGAGCACAUCAUGCAGUUGAUUCAUCAGAAUUAGCAUUUCGAUUAGCGAGUUUUUAUGCAUUUCGCGAAGCUUAUAAUAGAGCGAAUCCAGUAAUUUUAGAACCAAUUAUGAACGUAUCAAUCUCUGCACCGACUGAAUUCCAAGGAAUAGUUAUUGGUAAUUUAAAUAAAAGAAAGGGUUUGAUUAUUGAUACAGAUAUUCAUGAGGACUAUUUUGUUGUGACGGCUGAAGUGCCGUUAAACAAUAUGUUUGGUUAUUCAUCUGAUCUAAGAAGCGCCACACAG